UUAAUGUAUAGGUAUUGGAUUGUUUUGGUCCUUGAUGUAUACGGGGUCGAUUGGUUGGGAGCUAGUUAUCCCAAGAUUAAUUAACUAUGGUAUAAAUGGUGGGAUAAGUUAUUCCAAACAUGAGAUAUAUAGAGGAGUAGUACGUUGUAAACAGCCAUUCAUUCAGCCGGAGUGAAACUAAAUGGCUGAUGCUCCAGCUUCUGCAGUGCGUCAUGAUAAUGGCAUCAUUCACCAACAUCUCAGACAUUCAGUGUGUGGCUCAAUUCUCUACCGCAAUAGACAUUCAGUGUGUGGCUCCCGAAACAAUUCUCUACCGCAAUUGCAAUCGCAAUCGACAUGUGGUCAGUCGGUUGCGUCAUGGCUGAGUUGAUCUUCGACGGAAAAACACAAGAUUUUCAGAAUGCUUGGCACACCGAACGAGACAAUUUGGUCCUGAAUUUUCUCAACUUGCUCGGGUCAGCAGAAUAAUUUGUUGAGAAAAAAGGUUCUGGUCCAGGGUUAGGGUUUCUAGAUUUACCAGUUCUAUCGGAGGAGGCUGGGGUUGAUUUCGUUCUAACUUAUGAUCCAGACAAGAGAAUAACUGCAUUGAACCAUGAGUGGUUUCGUGAAUUUCCUCUCCCCAUAUUGAAAGAAAACAUGCCUGUUUUCCCUGCACAAGAUGGCGUAUGCGAAGAAAGGAGCUGCCUGUUUUCCCUGCUGCACAAGAUGAUGAGCUGAAGCAAGAAGUUCCAAUUUGCACAUUCAAACUCGUCUUUUUAUUCAUCGAGGAGGAUUUCCAACUUGCCUUACCGGAUGUUCCAAGACAAGUAGGAUUUCCAACUCGUCUUACAGGAUGUUCCAACUCAUCUUGUGAUUCAGAGCCACAAAUAGACACAACCUGUGUACCUGGAAGGAGGUUUCCAGGUCUAGCCUACACAACGAAUACAGACUAUCUGUGGGCACCAGAGAGAGGAGUAAUGACUCCAUGCUUUGUCAACCAACCUCUUGAGAGGUAGACGCUAGCUGUUUGUGGUGCAACAAAAAAAUUGACACUCUCACGACUUUGGUAAGCAAAAUGGAUCUAGCAAGUAAUAACAACACACAAGCACUAAAGAGCACGCAAAAUAUAAUACCUGCUGCUUUUCUACACGCAACACCAUCAUUUUUAAUCCCUCUUUAAACAAAGCGAGCUACUAAUAGAUAUAAAGCUUAACACAUAUGGAAGUUACAUUCAUGAAUCUGGCAAAGCUGGCAUCAUUAGAAAUUAUAAAGGGGAUAUAAUAAUAGCAUACACAGUUUCUGUGAACUGCAACGUACAGUAACAAGUACUGCUAGACAUUGCUUUAGAGAAGCUAACCAAGUUGCGGAUACCCUAGCUAAGUAUGCACAAUGUGUGUCUACAUUUCAAGAGCUUCCCAAAGAUGCAAAAGGCCCUUACCAACUAUACAAAGUGCAACUUCCUAGUAUUAGAAAUUUAAAAUAAGAUACGACAAAGCUAACUUCUUUUGUGAGUUGAUUUCAUCUCUUGUACUCUGUAGAGUAGAUUAGGCUGGAAUGCGUUCUCUAUCGUUUUGACUGGUCUGGUUCAUCAGUCGAAUGUUAUAUUUCAAGGUCAGGCAAAGUGUCACCUUUAUAAACAAGAAAAACCUUUCUCAUAUAAACUUAGUUACGGAAUGCUUCAAAUAUUGUACUUGUAAACGAAUUUAUGUAACUU